CUAAAGAAAGAAAGAAAGUCAAACAUCAAGCGCUGCGUGUUCACAUCACUCUGAUUUUCACGUGCUUUGUGUGUAUUUCGUGAUCAAACCUCCACAGAGUCUCUGGAUUCUGUCUGUAACGCUGGAGAACAGCAGAUCCUGAACACCAGACCACUCAACAUGUGUUCUGUCACACUGAUGGAGAUGAAAACAGAACUCACAGUGAAGGAAGAACAGACUGAUGAAGAUGAGAAUCAUGAUGGUUUUGUUCCUUCAGGUGAAAUGGUGAAUGACAGGAAGCUGGAGAUAAAAACAGAACCCAAAUCAGAGGAAGAACAGACUGAUGAAGACAGCGGGAACAUGAUGGACAUAGAACCCACAGCAGAGGAGCUUUACACUGACGAAGAUGACAAUCAUGAUGAUGAUGAUGAUGAUUUUAUUCCUUCAGAUGAGAGCGGUGAUUCAUGUUGUGAUGGAGAAACGGCCUCUACAUCAAAACAGCGACUGACAGCACAAACUCUUUCCUGCAUCACCUGUGGAAAGACAUUCAGUUCACAGAGACGUUUAGAGACACAUGAGAGAAAACACACAGAACAGAAACUCUUCACCUGCACCAGAUGUGACAUCAGCUUUCCUACCUUACAAGAGAAGAAACUUCAUUCACAAGAGCACAGAGACCAGAAACACUUUCACUGUCAGCAGUGUGGGAGAGCUUGUGUCUCGUCUUCUAGUCUGAACGCUCACAUGAGGACACACACUGGAGAAAAACCUUUCCACUGCAGUCAAUGUGGCAAAUAUUUCAGCAGCAAACAAUAUCUUGUUGCUCAUCAGAGAAUUCACACGGGAGAAAAACCGUACGCGUGUCCUCACUGUGACAAGAGAUUCAACCACAGACCUCAUCUGAAGAAACAUGUGCUUGUCCACACCGAUGAGAGACCGUAUCAGUGCAGUGAAUGUGGAAAAACCUUUAGACAGUCAUAUGGUCUGAAGGUACACCAGAGAACUCACUCUGAGGAGAAACUCUAUCAGUGUUCACACUGUGAUAAACGCUUCCGUCAGAAAUCUCAGCUGAUAACUCAUGAGAGAAUUCACACUGGAGAGAAACCAUAUGUCUGCUCUCACUGUGGAAAGAGAUUUACUGAUCAAAGUACUUUUAGGGUUCAUCUGAGAAUCCACACUGGAGAGAAACCUUAUCAGUGCAGUGUUUGUGGGAAGAGUUUUAAUCGUCAUCGCCAUUUAGUGAGACACAAGAAAACUCACACUGGAGAAAGACCUCAUCUCUGUAAUGUUUGUGGGAAACGUUUCACUGAGCAAACUACUCUACUAAAUCACCAGAGACUUCACACAGGUGAAAGACCCUUCAAAUGUUCUCAGUGUGACAAGACGUUUGCUUAUGCAGAUGUCUUGAGAACCCAUGAGAGAGUUCACACUGGAGAGAAACCUUAUCACUGCUCCAUCUGUGGAAAGAGCUUCACUGAUCAUAGUACUUUUAGGGUCCAUCAGCGAGUUCACACUGGAGAGAAACCUUAUCACUGCUCCACCUGCGGCGAUAGAUUUGCAUAUUUAAGAAGUUUUCGGACUCAUCAGAAGAAACAUGCUGACGAACAAACUGAUCUAAAUUCACACCAAACAACACAUUCUGAGGAGAAACUCUAUCAAUGUUCACACUGUGAUAAAAGUUUUGUUAAAAAAUCGUACUUGGUACGUCAUGAGAGAAUUCACACUGGAGAGAAACCUUACCUCUGCUCUCACUGUGGAAAGAGCUUUACUGAUCAUAGUACUUUUAAAGUUCAUCUGAGAAUCCACACUGGAGAACGACCUUAUGACUGCAGUGUUUGUGGGAAGAGUUUCAGUCGACAUCACCAUUUAGAGAGACACAAGAGAGUUCACACUGGAGAGAAACCUCAUCACUGCAGUGUUUGUGGGAAGAGUUUCACUCAACAAACUACUCUACUGAAUCACCAGAGACUUCACACAGGUGAAAGACUUUAUAAAUGUUCUCAGUGUGACAAGACGUUUCUUUAUUCAGGUAGCUUGAGAACCCACGAGAGAGUUCACACUGGAGAGAAACCUUAUCACUGCUCCAUCUGUGGAGAGAGAUUCACUUAUUUAAGAAGUCUUCGGACUCAUCAGAAGAAACAUGCUGAAGAACAAACUGUACAAGAAUCAUCAGUUUUAAACAGAGUGUUGUGUGUGUGUGUUUGUGUUGAGAUGUUGAGGAUGACGUCACAGAUGUGCUGUAAAUCAGUGGGAACUGAUCUGUCCAUGCUGGAUAUUGAUGAUUUCAUCACAGAAAUCUGUCAGCUGAAGAAAGAGGUGGCGUUACUGGAGGAAAAGCUGAGGACAAGAGGAGAUGAACUCAACACUGAGAUUGUGGUAAAGGUCGAGUCAAACCCCACAGACGCUCAGGACACUGUGUGUGACAGUAAUCACACCUUGAAUCAGGAUGAAUCUACUGAUCAAACCUCCACAGAGUCUCUGGAUUCUGUCUGUAACGCUGGAGAACAGCAGAUCCUGAACACCAGACCACUCAACAUGUGUUCUGUCAGACUGGUGGACUGCAGGAAACUGAUGGAGAUGAGAAGACAAACACCAGCAGAAGAAGAAGAAGAAGAACAUCACACUGAUGAAGAUGAGAAUCAUGAUGAUGAUGAUGAUUUCAUUCCUUCAGAUGAGAGCGGUGAUUCAUGUUGUGAUGGAGAAACGGCCUCUACAUCAAAACAGCGACUGACAGCACAAACUCUUUCCUGCAUCACCUGUGGAAAGACAUUCAGUUCACAGAGACGUUUAGAGACACAUGAGAGAAAACACACAGAACAGAAACUCUUCACCUGCACCAGAUGUGACAUCAGCUUUCCUACCUUACAAGAGAAGAAACUUCAUUCACAAGAGCACAGAGACCAGAAACACUUUCACUGUCAGCAGUGUGGGAGAGCUUGUGUCUCGUCUUCUAGUCUGAACGCUCACAUGAGGACACACACUGGAGAAAAACCUUUCCACUGCAGUCAAUGUGACAAAUAUUUCAGCACCAAAGGAAGUCUUGUUAGUCAUCAGAGAAUUCACACGGGAGAGAAACGGUACGCGUGUCCUCACUGUGACAAGAGAUUCAACCACAGACCUCAUCUGAAGAGACAUGUGCAUUUACACACCAGUGAGAGACCGUAUGAGUGCAGUGAAUGUGGAAAAACCUUUAGUAAUUUAGAUGGUCUAAAGUCACACCAGAGAACUCACUCUGAGGAGAAACUCUAUCAGUGUUCACACUGUGAUAAACGUUACCGUCAUAAAUCUCAGCUGAUAACUCAUGAGAGAAUUCACACUGGAGAGAAACCUUACCUCUGCUCUCACUGUGGGAAGAGAUUUACUGAUUCAUCUCGUUUCGGAGUUCAUCAGAGAGUUCACACUGGAGAAAAACCUUUUCACUGCAGUGUUUGUGGGAAGAGUUUCACUCAACAUAAUAACUUACUAAAACACCAGAGAACUCACACAGGUGAAAGACUUUAUAAAUGUUCUCAGUGUGACAAGACGUUUGCUCGAUCAGAUGUCCUAAAAACCCAUGAGAGAGUUCACACUGGAGAGAAACCUUAUCACUGCUCCAUCUGUGGAGAGAGAUUCACUUAUUUAGGAAGUUUUAAUUCUCAUCAGAAGAAACAUGCUGAAGAACAAACUGCACUGGAUUCAUCAUAGUAGCGUCUUUUUCUAUUUUCAUAAACAGUGUCUGUAAUCUGAAAUAAUUGUAUUUAUAGUAAAUUACUUUGUUUUUGUGAAGUAUAUUUUCUGUAGUCUGUGGAGUUAAUUGCCAGUUUGAUUGGGGCAGGUAGGGUCUUACACUGCUAGUUGUUGUUUUUUGUCAUGAAUGAAUAGAACUGAACAUGUGUUGUGCGUCAUCAGUAUAAUUAGCAAUAUCUUCAUGAGUACGUCUGUAAGAGGUCUGCUGAAGAUCUGGAAAACAUCUUCUGUGUAAAAACAUCCGCUAAACAAUAUGAAGGCUGUUUUACCAAAUGGAGUGUGCUAUCAGGGAAUUCACAGUGCGUGUUACAAUGGCUAGUUCUUCCUAAUAGUGUGUAAACAUUUUAAAUGUAAAAAUACAUAAAAUUGAAAAUAUAGGCCAUAUUAAAAAUGUAAAAUCAAAUACAGUGGUUAGUUAAAAUCUGAUUUUAUAGAUAGAGACAAAAUUCACUUACUUUACCUUGCAUGAAAUGAAAUGUAUUUAUCUUCCAUGUGUUUCUUUGUGUUGCAUUUGAUCGUUUUCUGUAAGGCUGUUCUGCAAAAUUGUGAAUUAAAUCCUCUGACACCCAACAGUCACUUGAGAUUUAAAAGGCUGAUGUCACUUGAGAUCCUCAAAGAUGUGAGCGUCUUGACCAGCUGCAUUACCACGUUGUAUGGCAACACUACUGUGAGGGACUGUAACCGUCUGCAGAGAGUAACUUGUGAAGACUGCUGAGAAGAUCGUCAGGACUUCACUGCUCUCUCUGGAGGACAUUUACCACCCCCGACAUGGAUUGGUCACACUCUUACCCUCAGGAUGGAGGUAAAAUGCUUGUAACCAAACAGUUCUUGGACCCCAUUGACUCCCAUAGUAGGAAAAAUUACUUUAUACAUUUUUCCUAUAAAAAGAAAAUAUUUUCUUUUGUGAUGUGAUGCACUGACGUGAAAAUUAUUGGCCGAAGCCGAAUAAAAAUGAAACACUUUGCCGAAUAGCAAACACAGCUUUUCUUAUUUCUUCUAUUUAUUUAGCCAAUUUUUUCACUAUUGCAUAAACUGAAUGGUCAAAAUGUGCUUUUUAUAUUUU